CCUAUUUCAGGUCCCCAGUGACAAAGGAGGAGGCGCCAGCUACGGCCGCAGAUACAUCAUGGCAGAAAGCCCUCCAGCGAAGCUCGCAUUGUCCGUGGCGCCGCCGACAGCAGUGUCUGAGAGUAUUCAGAUCAAGAAAGAGCCACAAGGGCCGACAAGUGCCCGCAAGGAAAGCAUCGGCUGGAUGUCGGACGACCUCAUGGGCAUGAUCACACACACACCGCCUGCCUUCUCGCCGGGAAGUUUGACAUUGCCUUCGACAAAGAGAAAUCGAAGCGGAAGUAUAUCAGGUCGACUGCUGAGCGCAUCCGACUUGGAGGAAAAGGGGUUCAUCGAUCGAUACCAAAAGGGCGUUCUCAAGGACUUGAUCAUCAGCGGCGACGAGAAGUUACAGAAAGCGCUGGAGACAUUUGAACAAGGUGACCCGACCGCACUGGAAGCACUCUUGGACAGCGGCGCGUUGAAUCGCAAGUCGUCCGUGGACUUGCUAGACGAUUUGGACCUGGGGUUUCUCAACGUAGGCUCUUUAGGAGACACCCCCAAGGAAGAUUACACGUCUCGACAGACGCUCGAUGAGUGGGACGAGAUCGGUUUUGAUUCUGCCUUUGCCGAUAUUUCCAGCCGGGAUCUCAUGGAAGGGGAAUACUUGGGCUCGUCGCUUGGGAAUUCGUUGCCCAACUCGCUGCCGUCCAUGGGAUUGGGGGGGAUGACCCCCCCGAGCUCGUUCAGCUUUGCCGAACACGAUUUCCUCGACCAGUCGUCCAAGUUGGGGGCGGAUGGCGUCAAGAUCAAGCACGAGCCGUCGGACGGACUCACGUCCCGCCCCAUCGGCAUCCCCGGCGCCGCGAGACUCAACGCGUCGGCCUUCCUCAGCGGCACGCUCAACACGACGGCGGGGGGGCUGUCGGACGCGGACAAGAAGGCGGCAUUUGUCGGCGCGUACUCGCCCGACUCGCGCCGGAAGCGGGUGGAGAAGUUUCUGGACAAGCGACAGAAACGGGUGUGGCGGAAAGAAGUCAAGUACGACGUGCGCAAGAACUUUGCCGAUUCAAGAUUACGCGUCAAGGGCCGGUUUGUGAAGAAGGAAGACGAGCAAUUGCUGCGGGAGUUGCUCAGUUUUACGUAGACAACCACGGCACACACAUACAACGUACAUAUAUAUAUAUAGUAGGGGACGAAUAUAUAUACAUAUAUAUGCUAGCGUUUACUCGUCUUUCCCUGGAAAACUACGAUCGCCCGCCAUCGCUUGGCAUUUCCCAGUGUCAUGGCAAUCGCA